AUGAUAGCAAAAUUCACCUCAACGGAGGAGCCUGUCGUCCUCCAUGAGGAGCUUGCGACUACCUUUACUGGGCUCGUCCACCCCGCAUCAACUCCGGAAACGCCUGUUCACCAGUUCCGCGGAAUCAAAUAUGCUACCAUACCCGCCCGUUUUCGUCAGUCUGCCUUGUGCACAUCAUAUCCCCCACAGACCGACGCCAGUCAUUACGGUCCUAUAUGCCCGCAGCAUCGUUAUAGGGGCGCUGAGGCUGAGCUCUUUGGCCUGCCUGAGGAUGCUCUCCCUCAUCAAGUCUUGAAACAAAAUGAGUUUGACUGUCUCAAUCUCAACAUCACAUGCCCAGGGGAUGCCACCGCGACGUCCAGGUUGCCCGUCAUGCUAUGGAUACAUGGGGGCGCAAAUCGCGGCUCAGGGUCCAGUUGGGUAUAUGAUGGUGGUGCCCUCGUGCAGAAGAGUAUGCAGAUGGGAAAACCUGUCAUCAUGGUGUCCUUCAAUUACCGACUUGGCCUUCUUGGCUUCGCGGCCAGUCCCGCUUUGCGCGACGACAAUAAGGCUGCAGGUGACGAGGGGGUUGGCCUCCGUGACCAACGGAGAGCCCUGGAGUGGAUUCAUCGUUUCAUUACAGCCUUCGGCGGCGACCCAUCAAACAUUACCCUUUUCGGCGAGUCCACGGGUGCUGCCGAUAUUCUGUGCCAUCUGCAUUCCGCUGCGAACGAAAAGAACCCCCUCUUCCAGCGGUCCAUCAUCCAGAGCGCCAUCAUGGACCUCGAAGUGCCCAGCGUGGCCUCAGCGGGCUGGCAGCUGUCGCGAACCAUGUCUGCGCUUGGCGCCCACUCCGUCGAGGACCUGCGCGCGGUCGAGCCCGAGAAGCUCGUUGCCCUGGGUCCAAACGUGAGAGCCACGAAUGACGGUGUCUUCUUCUGCAAACACUUCACCGGCUCCUUGCUUGGCGAUGAGGCGCCAGAACGGCACCAUCAUCACCAUCAUAUACCGCACGACGACCACGCGGGGACCGACAGCCUACGACACUCACACUGGUUGCAGGGUCAUAACCACCUCCGCGCUGCCUCCCGUUCGCGUUCGCGCGUACGACAGGCACACACAAGCCAGCAGCCGAUCAUGAUCGGCGACUGCAGUGACGAGUCGUUGCUUUGGGAGUUUCCUGCGUCGCUUUGGACCGGGUCAGCCGUCGAGCGGCGCGUGCGUGCGGUGUGUCAGUCGCUCACGAAGGCCAACACGCUCCUGCGAGCGUACGACAUCCAUUCGCACAUACCUGCAGACGAGCUUCAUACUCACGUACUUGAGCUCAUCAAUGACGCGCGCUUCGCGUGGCCGACCGAGUGCGUCGCCACUCGCGCGCGGCAGGAGCGCGGUGGCAAGGGCGUCUGGCGCUACGUAUUCGACCAGGAGGGUCCCGCGCGCGGCGUGCCGCACCACGCGGUGGACCUCAUUUACCUCUUCGACAAUGUCCCCCUCCCCGCGUCGUCGCUGUCACCUACCUCUGCAUAUUCCCCGACGUCCUCAGCAGCAGACUUCAUGCCCGAGUCGUUCGACGCGGAUGACGACUCGGAUGACGAGGGAUCGCUGUCGACAGACAGCGGCUUCGCGGACGACUGGGGCGUGCACGGUGUGGACGAGUAUUCGUACGCACGCGUGCGUGAUGCGGUGCAGUCGCGCUGGUUUACUUUCGCGUAUGGGGAGGCCCCGUGGGCUGCGGACCGCGUGUUCGUGUUCGGGCCCGAGGGCGAGGUCGGGGAGCGCCAGAUGAGCAUCUUCGAGGGACGCCGCCGCACGCGCGUGUGGCAAGAGGCCCUUGAGCCGCUUGGGAUGCACGUCGUCCAGAAAGUCGGAGUUGAGCUGAGCAAUGGCCCGCCGCUGCCGUCUCGCGGUCGCUUUUGA